CCCAGCCACAACGUGCAGGAUCACCUGCCCAAAACCGCCAAAGAGACGAAUUCCAAUCUCAAUGCCCCCAACAGGAAGCAGCAUGCUCAAGCGACCAAUUGUCCGUCAGCAAAGCCUGAGGACGGCGAUGAACCCGAAGUUUCUGGUGCGAUGUGCAGAGCUCUAUCAAGAAGGCUCGACUCUGAAGAGCUGAAGAGAAUGGGUAAUGAGGAGUUCAAGCAAGGGAAUUUUGCGGAGGCAUUGGCUCUGUAUGAUCGGGCUAUAUUGAUUGAUCCUGAGAAAGCAUCCUACUGGAGCAAUAAGGCUGCAGCUCUUACAGGUCUCGGUAAGCUUAUUGAGGCUGUUGCUGAGUGCAGAGAAGCUGUCAGACUAGAACCUUCUUAUCAUAAGGCGCACCUUCGUUUGGGCACUCUAUAUCUCAGGUUGGGCGAAGCUGAGAGAGCACUUCAUCACUACAAGCUAUCAAGAAAUGAAGCCAGCUCUGCUGACAUUUCACGAGCGCAGGCUCUCCAAACGCAUCUCUCGAAGUGUAGCGAAGCAAGAAGAUUAAAGGAUUGGCAUUCAGUGGUGAAAGAAACCCAGUUGGCUGUCUCCUCUGGUGCUGAUUCAUCUCCGCAGGUUUUUUCCUUCAAAGCAGAGGCCCUCCUAAUGCUCCAUAAACAUGAAGAAGCAGAGACAGCACUAAAUAGCGCCCCAAGAUUUGACAUUGAUGCUUCUACAAAGCUUUUUGGCGCUAUGAAAAGUGCAUUUACGCUCAUGGUACGAGCACAGGUUGAUAUGACUGCAGGAAGGUUUGAGGAUGCACUUUCUAUGGCGAACAGAGCUGCCCGGCUUGACACAAGCAGUGGGGAGGCAGGCGGUGUAGCCAGGAAGGCUCGUGUAGUUGCAACAGCUCGAGCAACAGGCAAUGAUUUUUUCAAAGCCUCCAAGUUCGAAGAGGCAUGUGUUGCAUACGGAGAAGGCCUCAACCAUGAUACCAACAAUGCAAUUUUGAUGUGCAACAGAGCCGCUUGUCAUUCAAAGCUUGGCCAGUGGGAAAAAGCCAUUAAGGACUGCAAUGUUGCUCUUAACAUGCGCCCUUCUUACACCAAAGCUCGUCUAAGGAGAGCUGACUGUUAUGCUAAGUUGGAGGAAUGGGAAGCAUCAAUAAAGGACUACGAAGCACUGCUUGUUGAAAUUCCAGAAGAUGAGGAGGUCAAGAAGGCACUACACGAGGCUCAGACCCAACUCAGGAAGAAGCAAGGUGAAGGUGUCAAAAAUGAAUGAAAGCCCGAGGCUUGCAAAAUCGGAACUUGUUAGCUCCGUGCCUUGCUUCAGAAUAUACAAAAGUGGGGGUGAUGUCAGAUCUAGAAGUUGCAGACGACGAAUGUGACAAUCUAGAGAGAUAUCUAAAAAUGUAUAAUGCUUCAAAAGAAUGAUUCAUGAAAAUGUAACAGCGCAUAAACUGAGUACAUAGUAAUGCUAACUGUCACAGCUGCAAAUGUACUGCUAGAUUUGGCUUGGAAGUAUGCGAACUGAUCGGCAGUAGAGAUAUAUAUCCUUGUGAAUACAAAGUUCUUUAGUUUGUUCUGCCAUUUCUUUUAGU